AUGCCACAGUGGAACGGUUUGCUGCCUCGUCUGAAUGCGCUCGAUAAACUACUGAAUGAUGUGCAAUGGAAGGAACGUUUCCUGGCCGUUUGUGUUACGGACCGCGAAGAUCAUGCGAUCCUUGACAGAUUCGCAUGUGACAAGCUACGCGGCCUCCGCUGGGAAGCCGUCAGUCAGUUCUGUUCGCAGGUGCUGCCCAUUCACAAACUUCUUCGAGCCGCUUGGGAUGGGAAGAAAUUUGGUUCCAAGGAUGAUGACAAAGUGCAGAGGAAACCAUUCCUUGUGCAAGAAACCGCUCUGGCAACAAUCAAGUCUCUGAACGCCCUCAUGGCAUCUGAUUUUGAUUGGGCGACCGUGCACGUCAUUUGUGCGCUCACUGCAGAGGCCGAUGCAGUCGGCAAGUGGGCAGAGGAUUGCCCAUGUCAUUCAUCACUUGACGCCGAACGGGCUCUUGUCGCAGCGGCACCUCGGGCUCGCAAGCGGGCCCGUGAACGGCGUGUACCUGAGAGAAUAGCUGCUGCAAGCUGCUGCUUGCGGGGCUGCAGAGCGCCAGAGCUCGCGACGGGCGCGGCAAUGACUCUACAGUCUCGGCUCAUGCGAUCUCAGCGUGGAGAAAUCAUGGAUGCGGUUGCGAAGGCCCCGGACAAUCAAAAGAACGAUAUCCUUUCGACGUGGAACGCUGGCCGUGCCAAACUGUGGAGAAUUCUGAUUGCAACAUAUGAACACUUUUCGACUGUGAUUCUGCUGUAG